UCUUGUAGAGUGAGGUUAUUGAUAUUUCUGUUGAACGAUUAACCAUCAGCCAUUCUAACAACAUUAUAACAGACCAUAUUUAAAAUCAUUGAUGUUAAACAUAGUAUGAUUGUCUCUUCUAUGCUAAUCCUUUUCAAUGUCGAUAUCGGCUGUCAUUUAAAAUUUCACAUGGCGAUGACUCUAUUGGGAGUAAUGGAGGAUUGUUGUUGUAUUCGUCUGCAGAAUGAUUCAUUCUUAAAAUUACAAGUAAUUGCUGUGUAAAAACAUCAUUUGCUACUCAUAUGUAUGUUCGGUAUACAUGGUAUUAUAAAAUGCAAUUGCCUUUUCUGUGAUUUGUGAUUGCGUGUCAAACUAAAUGUCGGUAGAAAUAGUUUUGAGGAUUCAAUAACGUAAAAUGUCGACUUUAUCGCCAUUUGAUAUAAGUGGGCUCGGCAAAGGGUUUGGAUUAUUUAGGCCAAGGCGGCCUAGUUAUACAUAUGCAACACAGACGACUGAACUAGCAUACUUAGGUCAAUAUGGCCGACAAAGAACAGAAAGUUACAGAUAUGCUGUUCGAAAAAGUACAAGUGACCCCGAGGAGCAGACGGAUUUUAUUGAAGGAUUAGUAACAAACAGAAGAAAUCGCAAAGAAAGUUACUUAAAUGCACUGAAAAGUGAUGAAAAUUCGGUGACUCUACAACAAGACAAGGAACCUAUCAUAGGAAACAAUAUUCCAAAGGUAAAUAUUGAUGUAGCACCUAGACAUUCAAAAGAACAUAUCAGUGAACUUAAAACAGUUAUUGCCAAGAGAACAUCAAUAUGCGAACCUCUUACGGUAUGCAUUUCAGAUGAAGCAAAACACGACGAAAAAGCGAGUGAAAUUCUUACUUCCGAUACACCCAUGAACAUGCAUGGUAACAAUGUGAACGAAUUACAACGAGAAACUGAAACCCCUGUGUCAGAGUUAAGUAGUAACGUGCCAUCUGUAGUAGUUUUCACAUUUAGAAAGAAUUUAGUGUUUUUAUGUAUUAGUUUUAUAAUGCUAUUUUCAGCAUUCAGAGCUAUCCAAAACUUACAGUCUUCCAUUAAUACAAAGGAUCAUCUAGGCAUUAUAUCAAUGGCAUGUUUACACGGGACCAUGUUCUUGACUUGCUUGUGGGCUCCAAGCAUGAUUAACAAAGUAUCUGCUAAAUGGGCUAUUGUUUGUGGUAUGUGUAGUUUUCUUAUUUGGACCGGUGCUAAUAUCUAUCCAAAGUUUUACACACUAAUUCCCUCUGCAGUAUUAUGUGGUUGUGGACAAGGAAUAUUAUGGACGGCUGAGGUUUCUUAUGUUCUAAAAUUAGCUUUUGAUUCCUCGAAAAUAACACGUAACGGUUUAGAUAAACAAGUGUUUAGAUUUCAUGGCAUAUUUUUAGCCUGUUUUCAGACGACACAUAUUUGGGGAAACCUAUUAUCGUCGUUAAUAUUUCAGUAUUUUGAGGUACCGUCGACUCUUGAACUAGAUUACGGUCCGAUGGUAGAUUUAAACUAUUCUGACGUCACUAAAUCAUGCGGAGUUCUUUAUCCUUGUGUCAUACCAGAAUAUAAUCAGCAAACUGGUCUGGAUAUGUUUCCGGUGAUAUGGAAGCUGAUGUGUGCCUAUUUAGUAAUUGCUUUUAUGGGAUUUUGCCUUAUUUUCUUCUGCUUGGAUAGAAUUGGUGCUAGAAUAGAUCCAGAAAAGACAGGACGUCAGAUUUUUAUCCAGCACGUGACUUUACUGACAACACACAAAACAUUUCGUCUUUUGAUUCCACUUCUUAUUUUUAGUGGCUUGCAGCAAGGGUUUGUGUUCGCUGAUUUCAAUCAGGCAUAUGUGACGUGUGCACUGGGAGAAAAGUAUGUUGGAUACUCAAUGAUUGUAAUGGGUGCUGCAAACGUGCUCGGAGCAAUAGUUGUUGCUAUAUGUGCUAAACAUAUACCUAGAGAGGUUGUGUUUGCCAUCGGUGGAAUUAUUCAUAUGGGUAUAAUGAUAGGGUUUCUGAUAUGGAUUCCAGAUCAAUCGAAGCACAUUCAUUUUCUAUUAGCAGCCUCAUGGGGAGUAUGUGACGCUGUAUGGCAAACCCAAUGCAACACUUUGAUUUGUAUCACAUGUGUAGAGGAAGCGGACAUAGCGUUUGCUAAUUACCGGAUGCUUCAGGCGUUUGGAUUGAUGUUUGCUUUCUUGUCGGGAACUUUCAUGUGUGUAGAAGGAAAACUAUAUAUGCUGAUGAUUGUCCUUGUCAUUGCUAUAAUGUUCUAUGUGCUAGCCGAGUAUAAAGUUAGACAAGUAGAAAAUGACGUUUUUGACGAACCUUCGAACGAAUAACAAUUAAUUAUAGCAAUUAUACUCUGUAAAUAACGGUAGUCAACGUUGUGUUUGUUCAUUUGAUGAACCAAAAUGUACUGUGUAACGAACACUGAGAGUGUUUUAAUUUCAGCGUAUCAAGUUGUUGGCAAAUAUUUUUUAUGAGGAACUAGCUAUUCUGUAACAUUAGAGAAACAUUUACUGAUGAUGUUCGAUAAAAUCGUUUCGAUAUAUGCCAAUAGAACAAACAGAUGAAACAAACGCUAGACUUAAAGUCAAAUGCAAGAAAUAUGGAAAAACGAGGUUGAUGAGGAAAAUGUUGAUAUAUCCUUAAAAAGAUACAGUUAUAUAUGUUAUCUGUAUGUAUAUAUGAUAUGAACAAAUGUACUCUGCGUGAUUUAAAUAGGCUAUCAAUCAAGUAUGAUAAAGAACUAACAGUAUUAUAAACCAUAUACAUUCUCUAAUCAUUGGUGCAGUCAUUGCCAUAGACAUUAUUUGCUUUAAAAUGUUUCUUAAUCACGAAUCACCAAACCUUAGUUUUAGCAAAACUUUAAUAGCUUUAUUGUUUUGAUAUUUUCAACCAAUAGUCUAGGAAAACUAAAGCUGUACUAUUUCCUAAUUUGUGGGUUUACAAUAUUUCAUAUAUAUUCAAAGAGUACUCGCUAAAGAUUCUUAAUUUUAGAAUGGCUAUACAAAUAGAAAAUCAUAUUUAAUUUUAAUUCUACACAUAACUCAUAGCUUAACUAUAUUUAAUAUGAAAAUAAUAUAUAACACAUAUGUAAAUUUGUAGUCUAUAAAACGUACAUAUACCAAGUUAAAGUUUUAUAAUUAUUUAGUUCAUAUUCUGUACUCUUUAUAUUUUCUAAUAAAAAAAUAUAAUAACAAGUACGUCUUUUUUUAUAACUUUUGUAAUGGAAAUCAUUCAUGUUAUCAAUAAAAUAAUAUACGAUUCUGUAAAAGAGGUUAUAUCUAUCAGCAUACCUGUUCAAAAAGUUCACAUAUUUCAUAAUGUUAUUCAACGCUACACAAUGUUGUUUAAGGAAGGACUGUAAUAUUUUUUCUAUUGAUGAAGAAAUAACAUAAAAAAUGUUG